UGAGAUCCCGGAAAAAGAACUCCAAAACCGCAAUCAAUGUCCUCCUCCCCGUCCCCGUCGCCGUCCCGCCUCGUGCCGCAGCUCCUGGUGGCGCUCCUCCAGCGCCGCCGCUUCGACGCCACCCUCCGCCCGCGCGCCACCUUCCGCGGCUUCUGCCCGUCCUCCAUCGCCGCCUCGCUCGCCGCCAUCCCGCGCCUCCUCCUCCCGCGCUCCGCGGGCCGCCUCUGCCCGCAGCGCCCAUUCCCCUCCCCGUCCUCCUCCUACCACCGGCGCGUCGUCGCCGCUCUCACCCUCGCCUUCCUCAACUGGUCCCACUCCGGCGCCAACCCGCUCACCGAGGCCCCGCUCCGCGCCGCCGCGCUCUCCCUCGCCCGCGCCCACGCGCUCCCCGCGCUCUUCGGCCUCCUCCGCGCGCACGCGCCGCUCGUCUCCACGGCCGCGCUCACAGACGUCAUCCGCGUGCUCGGCGAGGAGGGCCUCCCGCGGCAGGCCCUCGCCGCCUUCCACCGCGCGCGCCAGCUCCGGUGCUCCCCGGACGCGCAGUGCUACAACACGUUAAUCGCGGCCCUGUGCCGGAACGGCCGGUUCCAGGAGGCCAGGUUCCUGCUCGACCAGAUGGAGCGCCCCGGCGCGCGCUGCAGGCCUGACCCCUACACGUACACGGUGCUCAUUUCCUGGUACUGCAAGAUCGGGGUGGGGACCGGGUGCCGGAAGGCCGCCAGGAGAAGGAUCUACGAGGCCGGGAGGCUGUUCCGGAGGAUGGGCGAGAAGGGGCUCCAGCCGGACGUGGUGACCUACAACUGCUAUAUCAAUGGCCUGUGCAAGACGUACCGGGUGGAGCGCGCGCACCAGGUGUUUGAUGAAAUGGUGAGCAAGGGGUGCACGCCGAACCGGGUUACGUAUAACUCGUUCGUGAGGUAUUAUAGUGCGGUGAAUCAGGUUGACAAGGCUGUUGAAUGGAUGAGGAAGAUGGUGGCAAGGGGGCACGGGGUGGCGACAUCAAGCACGUAUACGCCGCUUAUCCACUCACUAUAUGAGAGUGGGCGGGUUGGGGAUGCACGGCAGUUCAUGAUCGAGAUGGCGGAAAGUGGGCAUGUGCCCAGGGAACACACCUACAAGCUUGUCAAGGAUGCAAUUGAGGAGGCCGGUGAGGAGGCCUUGCCGGCAGACCUCUGUCGCUCCAUUGAUGAUGGCAUCAAGGAAAGAUUUCAGCAUGUCAUGCGGAUGAAGCCCAUAAUGAGACCAGUGACAAGAUUGUCCAGGACCAACAUUGAGCUUGUGCAAACUUAACACUUGAGAGGUUGAUCCUGCACACAGAAGGUUUUUGAUCGAGAUGUCCAAGGGCCGUGCUAAUGCCCUGUGAGCUGUUGAAGACUGACUGCGGAUGCUCUGGGUAGGCCCUGAGAGGACAUGAUGAUAUCAGGGAAAGCGCUGGGUUCAGCUUCGUUCCACUGUUAGAUAGGCAAUUCAAUAGUUGAAUGCUGUUUAUGCUCUUCGCUUGGUUCGGUGAUGAGAAUGAAACCCAAAACACCACCAAUCUACUCACAGGAUUAUUCGGAGGCAAAGAUGAAGUGGAUUUGUGGAAGGUGAAUAAUAUCUAUGAUUCUCUUCACAGUCAUAAGGUGUUUGAUGAAAUGGUUAGCAAGGGAUGCACAUCAAACCGGGAUACAUAUAACUCAUUUGUUAUGUAUUAUAGUGCGUUGAAAUGAGGUUGACAAGGCUGUUAAGUGGAUGAAAGAGAUGGUGGCAAGGCGGAAAGUGGGCAUCUUACCAGGGAACACACAUACAGGCUUGUGAAGGAUGCAAUUGAGGAGGCCAGUGAGGAGGCCUUGCCGGCAGACCUCUGUCACCCCGUUGAUGAUGGUAUCAAGGAAAGAUUUCAGCAUGUCAUGCGAAUGAAGCCCAUAAUGCGACCAGUGACAAUAUUAUCUUGGACCAACAUUGAGCUUGUGCAAACUUGACACAUGAGAGGUUAAUCCUGCAUGCAUAAAGAUUUUGAUUGAGAUGUCUAAGGGGUGUGAUAAUGCACGUGUAAGCUGUUGAAGACUGUGCCUAAGAGUGCUCUGGGUAGGAAGCUUUGCUGAAAGAGCCUUGCCCCUGUUACAUGAUGAGCUCAGGAAAAAAGCACCGCGAUGACAAUGAAGCCCAGAAUGCCACCAAUCAGUACCACAGGAUUGUUCUGAGGCAAAGAUGGAAUGGUUUGUGCAGAAGGUAAAUAAUGUCUGAGAUUCUUAUCAUUCUCAAAAUUGACGUGGGAAUAAUUUCUGCACGACAAGAUUGGUCAGUUGUUGUUUACAAGUAGUAGAACCUUUGUCACUGUACAUUUCUGGGAUAAUGUAUUUUGCAGUAUGACCAAAUAGAGAAAUUGCCCUUUUCUUAUCAUCAUUAUAUUUUUCAGUUUACAGUAUCAAGAAAUUUAUAAUAUACAUUUCAUAUUAUCUAACCCCCACCAAACAUUGUUAUUUCCCUUUUCCAUGUUCCUUGCUUUGUUUAUAUAUUAUAAGUUGACAUCAUAUUUAUCACGAGGAAUUGGUUUCUGUCGCUCAGGACUACACAUGUUCGAUUAUCAGAUUUGCCAGUAAUGGUGAGGGAAAUUUUGGGUUUUCUGUUCAUAAUUACAUAAAAAUACUGUAAUUCUUGGCUAUGGCACCAUUGGGAUAACAGCUAAAUUAGCAGUGCAUUCUCCAUUGCUAUAUAAUGUCUGAUAAUUUGGUGAAGAUGCUGCCCAUGAAGUGUAUAGCGUCUAUGCAAAUAAGAUGAAACAAACUGUAUGAAGGUCACACAUCCUUUACUAUACUGUGACGAAAAAGUCACUCCUAUAAAACAAAAGGGCUUACAAAGGUACCAUUUCUACAAAAAGAACUUCACACGUGAACUCGGAAUAUGAAUAACAACAAGGACCUCAAAAAUUAGUUUCUCAAAUUGCACACAACUUC